AUGGCAUCUCGCAACAAUCAGCCCAAGGUCAUGUCUGGCCGCCUGGCUGGCAUGAAAUUCAUGCAACGAGCUGGCGGCAGUCCGACCACGCCCAGCACACCCAACGAGCGACCCACGAAGAAGCAGCGAUUGUCGAACGGAUCAGCACUCAGCACACCAUCAACACCGGUGGAGGAUCAGAAGCGCGCGGGAGAGGUCGAGCGCGAAGGCUACAACAAGGGCGAAACGAAGUGGUAUCUCAGUUUCCAAGCACCACCGGCAACAAAAACUGAAUCACCCCUACGCAUUGUGUCUGCAGGAUACUCGGCGCUAGAUAGUGGAAGACGCGCGCAAGAGACAGAUUCUGACGAGGAGGAAGGCGAAGACGACCAGCCAACACGACCUACACUUGCAGGCCGCAGAAGUUUUGGCAAAUUCAACAAGAAGAUCGAGAAGCAGAACAAUCCAGACGCAGAAGAUUCGGCAGCAGAGGAGGAUGAAGAGGAGGAAGAGGAAGAUGCGGAGAUUGAAGAUGACCCGACCGGUGUCAAGGCUCUGAUUGCGCAAGGCAAGAAGGAAGCUGCAAACCGUGUCCGCGCUGAGCGCAAAGCGAAGAAGGCAGCGGACACUGCUGAAGCGCAACGACUGGCGCGAGACCGUCGAGAGAAAGCUGUCAAGCUCAACAAAGUGACAACAUCACCAAAUGCGGCCAACAUGACUUGUCAUACCUGUGGCAAUAAGGGCCAUCUCAUGAGGGACUGCCCGCAGAAGAAGCAGCCCAAGUCGAGAUUGUCGUACUAA